AGCUCGCUCUUGAACAGCGCAGGGAAGAAACUGUUUGAGAAACAUGUUUCGCAGUAUGCGCCUCAGGACCCUAUGUAUGAAUUCUACGAGGACAACAAAGGCAGAAGGAAAAGGCGACGACGCGCCAUUCCAGACGGCCUGGUCAAGUCGGACGCGAAGGUCCUCAAGAAAGUGCAGAGCAGAGCGCACUAUCUCGACAAGGGCUUUCAUAUCUGUGGCAUACGAUUCGGCUGGACGUUUAUGAUAGCUAUCAUUCCUGGUUUGGGCGACGCCGCCGACGCCGCGUUGGGAUACAUGCUCAUCAUCCGCAAAUCGAAACAAGCAGAACUCCCCGGCUGGCUCGUCCAACGCAUGCUCCUCAACCUCGCCAUCGCCACCUCCAUCGGCCUCGUCCCCGUCCUCGGCGCCGUCCUCAUCGCGACCUAUCGUCCCAACUCCCGCAACGCCGCCCUCCUCGAAGAAUUCCUCCGCAUCCGCGCCGAAGAAAACAUCAAGACCGCCUCGCACCCGGGCAACACGACCCUCCAGGGCGGAAGCAGCGCGGUCGCGAAAGGCCAGGCGCCCGCGAAUACGUCGGCUGUGAAGGGUAGUGCGGGUAAGGCCGUCGAGGGCGCCGUCGCGGCGGGUGCGGGUGCGGGGAAGGACGUGGAUGUGCAGAGGAAUGUGAGUGGGAAGAGUAAGGCGAGUGGGAGGAGUUGGUGGGGACGGAGAGGGAGC